AUGAAACCCAGCACUGAAACAUUACUAGCGUCGUUCUUCUUAUAUGUUUAUUACAUUAAUGACAAGGAUGGGGUUAGUCCUGCCAUUCUUUAUUUGAGAGAAGCAUUGGCCAUUGCACAAUUAAUGAAAUUACAUGAGCCAAAGACCUACGAAGGUAAGACUACAAUAGAAUCUCAUAGAUUGAGCAAAAUAUACUAUCUUUUAUUAAUCACUGAAAGAUAUACAAAUAUUCAGGAAGGUAUUCCUGUUGUAUUGGAUGCCCUGAUACCACUUCCUUCAUUAUAUGAUGAAGAAUAUCCAUCUUUAUUAUCGGGUUUUACAGAAUUAGCCAAGAUCUUUCUGGCUCCAAACAGGAAAUUUUUUGAUCGGAUGACCGUUUCAGUUAAUCCAGAACAAUUGAGUUCCGACAUUAUACUUCGAGAUAUUAUGGGCGAAGGGUUUAAUGAUGCCAAUAAUAAUUGGAUUGUUGAGAUUCAAAAUCGAUUAAACUUGGUUAAAAUCCAACACCCUACUUCGUCUAUUCAAGCAGCUAAUAUAAUUCUUUCAAAGUAUUGGAUGAUGUCUCUUGUAUGGCAUGCAUCACAUAGUAGUGGUAUGAUAUCUCCUAGUGGAGAUGAUAACAAUUGUUUAAGUGUUGCACAUCCACAUAAAAUAGCCCAUGACUUUCUCACGUCAAUUUCAGAACUUCCUGUGUUUGCAUUUGAGUCUAAUGGUCCAGGGGUAGUGGUGAAAUUGUUAGAAAUUGCCAAUGGACUAGCUGAUUCUGCGGCUGAGGUUAUUCAUUUCAAAGCACCCAUAUCAUUCCCCGUAUCAUCGAUAUACGAUAGUAUUCGAGCUGUUUUCGGGAUGGUUUCCAAGUUCAAAUCCAAUUUCACAUUACCUAAUGGGCUCUAUCAAAAGAUUGAAACCAUAUUGAAUAGUAGACAGAUUAUUCCAAAUCCCUCAGUUCAACAUAAUGGUGCAUAUAUUACUGAAAUCAAAGAGGGAGAAGAUAUCUGCUCUGGAGCAGAUAUGAUGCAGUCAACUUCAGUCUCUGAAUCAUCACGGGAUUGUAAACCCGAUUCAACGGGAAUUGAAUCGGAGCUUCAAACAAAAAAUGGCUACUUAGCUCUGGAUGAGAUUGUCUCAAGAAACAGUAGUAGUGAAUAUCUUCGAGCAUUAUUCCAUUCUAGUUUGAACUCUCAGGUAACAAGUCCUACCGUGGGGGAAAGUCCAUUUGGAUAUUACUUUAAUGGCGAAGGAACUACUACUAAUCCUGAAAUUACAGAUGAGUAUGCCAUUGCUAAUAAAGAGUCAAUGGAAUAA